AUGGACCUUGAAGAAAAAGAGUUAACGAAGUUUAAUCAAAGCAUUGACUUGUCAAGUAUUGUAAAGCAAAGUGUAUUCUCUGUCAGUGAUCCUCGUUGGGCAUCAAUUAACAGAGGUGUCUUGAUAUGCGACGAAUGCUGUAGUGUACACCGAAGCCUGGGGCGGCACAUCUCUCAAGUGAGGCAUCUAAAACACACGUCAUGGCCCCCCACCCUGCUGCAGAUGGUUCAGACAUUAUACAGCAAUGGGGCAAAUUCAAUAUGGGAGCAUUCAUUGCUGGACCCUGCAUCAAUAAUGAGUGGAAAGAGGAAAGCGAAUCCCCAGGAUAAAGUGCAUCCAAACAAAGCAGAAUUUAUCCGAGCUAAAUAUCAAAUGCUGGCAUUUGUUCACCGAUUACCCUGCCGCGAGGAUGAUAGUGUUACAGCCAAAGACCUUAGUAAGCAACUUCAUUCCAGCGUUAGGACUGGUAAUUUGGAAACCUGUCUGCGGCUAUUAUCCCUAGGGGCGCAGGCUAAUUUUUUUAAUCCGGAAAAGGGAAGUACACCUCUUCAUGUGGCAGCCAAAGCAGGGCAGAUCCUACAGGCAGAGCUGCUUGCUGUAUAUGGUGCUGACCCAGGUACACCCGAUUCUGCUGGGAAAACACCAAUUGACUAUGCUAGGCAAGGUGGCCAUCAUGAAUUAGCAGAUCGUCUUUUGGAAAUUCAACAUGAAUUGACUGACAGAUUAGCCUUUUAUUUGUGUGGGAGGAAGCCUGACCACAGGAAUGGACAGCACUUCAUCAUACCCCACAUGGCAGACAGCAGUCUAGACUUGUCAGAACUCGCUAAAGCUGCAAAGAAAAAGCUUCAGUCUUUAAGUAAUCACUUAUUUGAAGAACUGGCUAUGGAUGUGUAUGAUGAAGUUGACAGGCGGGAGACAGAUGCAGUUUGGCUGGCCACUCAAAACCACAGUACUCUUGUCACAGAGACCACAGUCGUACCUUUCCUUCCUGUCAAUCCGGAAUAUUCCUCAACACGUAACCAGGGAAGGCAAAAAUUAGCCCGUUUCAAUGCCCAUGAGUUUGCUACGUUGGUUAUAGACAUUUUAAGUGAUGCUAAAAGAAGACAACAGGGGAAUUCACUGGUUGGAUCUAAAGAUAACGUGGAAUUAGUGUUAAAAAGUAUAAACAACCAACAUAGUAAUGAGAGUCAGGAUAAUGACCAGCCCGAUUAUGACAGUGUUGCAUCUGAUGAAGAAACUGAUUUGGACAAUCUUCCAACCAAAUCGAUAAGGGAAAAGAGCCUGGAAGCUGAUUUAUCAGAUGGGACCUUCACGGUACAAGAAUUUCUUGAUGUGAAAAAUGCACUGGCUGCAUCAGAAGCAAAAAUCCAGCAAUUAAUGAAGGUUAAUAGUAAUCUGAGUGAUGAGCUUCGGGUAAUGCAAAAAAAGCUCCAAUCACUGCAGUGUGAGAACUCCAACCUCAGGAGACAGGCCACCACUAACCUAUAUCAGGUCCCAGCUGGGUCAGAAUACACAGACCUCGCCAACCCACCUUCACUAAAGCGACGGCCAUCAGGACGAGGUAGUAGACCCAUGUCUAUGUAUGAGACUGGAUCUGCCCAGAAACCCUACCUCCCAAUGGGAGAAGUCACCUAUCCAGAAGAAAGUAUUACAAGACUGCAGCCUUUUCCACCACAUAUCGGGAGGAGUGCAUAUGUGACCUCCUCUUCAUCCCUGCCUUCCUUCCCCUCCACGCUUUCCUGGUCCAGAGAUGAAGGCCCACGAAGGGGGUCAAAGGUAGAGAAGCAGGCCAGUGUACCAGAAAGUGACUACGAUAAUACCAUUCAUGAGGCCGACCUGGAAGAAACAAGUUCAAGUAGGAAAGUGAGGCAGAGAAGUAUGCAGUGGCACGGGGAAGGAUCCAUUCCUGAAAUGGAAAAUCCGGAUGUGGAUGUAAGCACCACCCUACCCAGCACAGAGGAUGUCAUCCGCAAAACGGAACAGAUUACCAAAAACAUUCAGGAGCUCCUGAGGGCAGCACAAGAGAACAAGCAGGACAGGGGCUUUGAACGUGAAAGUGUACGCAGGCUGAGGCAUAGCCUUGGCUGUUUUAGUACAUUGGUUCCUUGGGCAGAGAAAGCCCCACUGCAGCCAUUGACCCUCCAGCAGCCUGACUCUACCUCCUGCUAUAUACCAUGCUCAGAAAGAAUACAUGUUGCAGUGACAGAAAUGGCAGCCCUGUUCCCAAAGAAACCAAAGUCAGACAUGGUGCGGACAUCACUACGACUUCUUACAUCUAGUGCUUAUCGGCUUCAGACGGAGUGCAAAAAGACACUGUCUGUAGAGUCCAUUCCAAGCGCGGACAUCCAGCUGGUGACACAACAAGUCAUACAGUGCGCCUAUGAUAUUGCCAAGGCUGCCAAGCAAUUGGUCACCAUCACAACCAAAGAAAAUACCAAUUAAGUGACAUUAGUAGCCUUCUAUUUCACCUACAGGUGGCUUGAUUUGACUUUUUGGAUUGGUAUGGUAUUAUUUUAUAAAGAGACAGGUUCAUCUUAAAACUAUCAGUAUUACUAUUUGCAUGUUUUUACUUCUAAGUGUUUUUUCUGGACUGUAUUUAACGUUAACCCACUGCCUUACAUGUAAGCCUGAUCAUAGUGCAACAUCGGCAUCUAUUAUGGAGAACUUUAAUCCAUUUAUUUUCUUUCAUUAUUUCCUUUAUAUCUAUGUGAGGUUUUAAACAUGUCAAAAAUAGUUUUAUGUAAAAUAUUGCUGAAGUUAUUGGACUGCAUUAUGUGAACCUAUUUUUAUUACAAUUAGUACAUUUGAUCUCUGAUAUCGUGAAAAAUACAGAUGAUUUGCUUUCAAAAGGGUUCUACCUUACCGGGCUCUUCAGUUGCUGGUCCAGCUGUCAUGAAAGUGUUUAGAACAAUAACCGUGUUCAUCCAGAACAUUUUAAUUGUGUUUGCACAGUGUAAACAAAAUCCAGUCUUUGUGGAGUAUUGUUACUACACUUGGUAAUUUUACAUACAUCAUUUUUAAGUGACAUUAAGCUAUAACAAGCCAUUUUUUGGGGGGUAUGUGAUGUAAAGUGUGGAGCACAGAUUAAUAUGGACUAUUCUUAGUCAGAUGGUUUAUUGUAGACAGAACACCUUAAAACAUUGACUAAUUCCGAUUGCUGUCGUAAAUAAAAGUCUAAGUGCCUGUUCAUGUAUAGAUCACACUUCCACACAAACUUUCGUCUGCAUCUGCAGCAUUACUAUAUUCAUUUUAAUAGGAGGCAAUCAAGUUGCCGGGUUCCUGGUGGUCAGUAUACAGAUGUCGGAAUCCUGACACCCGGUGGUUCCGACCGCUGCCCAGAAUCCCCACUUGGGUGGGGGUCCACGCCACUAUCUGAGGGGGAAUAUAACCCUGUGCCAACCAAGGGUCAUCAUCAUGCCCGAAACGUGGCGAGGGCAGUGAGUCCACGAGGGGAGACGCUGCGCUCUCUACCGGUAUUCUGGUCGUCGGGAUCCCGGCAUCAGUCUUCUGACCACCAGGAUAUCAUACUGAAUCCCAUUGUUAUCUGAUAUGGUAAGCGAUCCAGUGUUAUUUUACUUAUUUCUAUGUAUUGAGCCAGCAGGAAAAUCUAGAUUAGGAAGCGGAGUCCUGCGGAUCUUGGAAGUGGAUAUUACAUUCAGCCAUGAAGUCUAAUCUUCCAGCCACAGUAUGCAGAGGAGAUUAGUUGUCAGUGAUGGGGCUGGGAGAAGAGGUUACAUGAAAACUCUCUGUUAUACUGUACCAGAGUAUGCAGUGGCUUCUGGUUUUGCUGUAAUUAAGGUCUGAAUGAUCCUUGUACCGGUAUGGUGAUACCACAGCCGCGGUUGUCUAGCAAGGGGAUAUGUACAUGACUUUUUGUGAAGCAGUACAACAAUAGAUUUUGGGUGCAUGGAAGGUUGGUUGUAUAUGAUGAAAGGGAGGAUUUAUCUGAAAUAUUUUUCUAAAUAGAUUUGCUUCUUUGUUUAUCUUUUCUGUUUUAUUUCAAAAUUCUACUUCAUCUUGAUGGAGCAUAGGUAUUAAUGAAAUGGGUCCCGUGCACUUCCCUGCAACCCACAUGUCAUACAGUCCUCUCAUACACAAAGGUCACCACUAUAGGAGAAGUAAAUUACUUCUAGUAAUAUCCCCUGAUAAUGUAUGGUUUAUUUGUAGAGCAACUAAAUAUUCAUAUUUUUUUUUUUAUUAAAGAAAGAAAAAGCCCUCUCCCUCACUUUCUCCCCCCCCCCACAAUAGUAGGGGAUUAGGUAGGGGGUUAUAAUAAGCCUAAAAUCGUAUUUACAAGUAACUUCUAUACAUGAAUCUAAACUCCGGCAUGCAGGUAGUGUUUGUCCCUUUGAUGGCUGAAGGAUAAAGUGUUUACAUUCUUAAGUAAAACUGAAAUUAGGAAGGAAUACAGGAAUGUGUGAUUGUGUUCUGCUGAUCCUCCUAUAAUUCUGGAUGCAGCUAGUUUAUAUUACUAUGUGUAGGGAGGGUGUGGUUCAUAGGGUCGACCAUACUUGAGUUGACAGUAUCUAGGUCGACCACUAUUGUUUGACAGUAACUAAGUCGACCACCCAAAAUAGGUCGACACAAGCAUUAGGGUGACAUGAGCAAGGUCGUUCUCUUCGUAGAGUGACCGGGAACCCCAAUUAGUGCACAGUGUCCCCUCGCAUGGCUCGCUUCGCUUGUUUACUGUUCCCAAUUGUAGUCCACGUGGAUCGUAAAGUAUGAAAGUAAAAAAAAAAAAAAAAAAAAUCUGAAAAACUCAUGUCGACCUUUUUAUCAUGUUGACCUUGAACAUGACGAAGUGACUAUGUGGACCAGGAAACCCUGUCAACCUAAUGCAUGUCGACCAAUAGUGGUCGACCUAACGACUGUCUGCCUAAAGGUGGGUACAUACUGGAAGAUAUCAAUUGAUCGGCAGAUAUAUCAAUGGGCGGGUCGGGCAGUGUGCUGUGCAUACAGACUGCCCCAUCCGUCGGGGACUGACGUCAUGGACUGGGUGGGCGUGUAGACACGCCCGCCCAGUUCAGCUGACAAUCACCACCGGCCACCACAACAUGUGUACGGGCGGUCGGCCCCAUACACACACAGCGACGCGCCAAUAUAUCGGUAGAAUGGCCGAUAUAACGGCCAGUGUGUACGGGCCUUAAGUGUGGUCAACCUAGAGACCGGAUACCAUGUAGGGAGGUCUGCAGCGGGCAGAAUGUAGCAGUGGAAAUGCCUCCCUAUUAUGGCAACCAGAAGAUAUUGUUAUCUAGUAACAGUUCAGAGAACUGCUUGUGAACUAGGCAUCUCCCAGCUCUAACAGUAGGCUUGAUUCAUUGUUGUACGUCGUCAUAGCAUCGCUGCUACGUGUUUGGAUGCAGUAGCGAUGCUUUAAUAUUUGGCAGCAGGAGGCGUUUUGUGUUGAUAGCCAGCUCCUGGUGGCUUCAGUGAUCAAUUGCUGUUGAAUCGCCAUUGGGGACCAUCUGUCAUCUGAGUAACCCUCAGGUUCUCAGAAUGAUCGAUGUGGCAUUGUAGCAGAGACCAGGAUCUCUGCGUGGGAAGAUACAGACCAUGGCUUUACACUGCCACAAAAGAGGUGGCAUGCCUGUUUUGUGAAACUGAGCCAUUGCUGCCCCCAAAUGGCUGCAGACUGUCCUCACCUGACAUUUGCAGCCGCACGGUGUGCAAGGACGCAGGAUCCAAACCGCACAUGCACAGUAUGGGUCCUGCACCUGUACAGGAAUCCUAUCAUCUGAUUACUGCAUCCCACAAUGAAUCAGGCCCAGUAUUUGUUUAUUUGUUUUUUAGACAAUCUAUUAAAUACCACUAAUAUAUCCUCUUUAGGGAAUACAACUUGUAAAAAGGGGAAAGUGACUUGAACAGUGUUAAUGAUUAAGAUGGAGUAUUGCAUAAAGCAUUACAUGGAAUUGAAGUGCUUUAAUAACUGACACACAUAUUACUAGUAAGUUCCCCUUUGUAGAAGAUUCUUUAAUAUGUAGUGCUCUCCGUGUUUAGAGAUAUGACUAUGCACAACUGUGCACGGUGCCGCCAUUACUUAUCACGGGCUGUGACUCCUGUGGUAAAGGCCUGGACAACAUGUACCUCUUCAGGUGAUGUAAAACUACAAGGCCCCAACAUGCUCUGCCAGUGAGUUGGCAAAGUAUAAUGGCUGUCUUUGGAAAACACUCUGAGAUGUGGACUGCUUUCCACUUGGUCUAAGCCACUAGAACCCAACAUACAUUUUUCAGCAGAAGUUGCUGUAUUAAAACAAUUUUCUUUUCUUUGAAAGGGUAUGUUUGGACCCAUGGCUGGAGAGGUGCAGGCUGCCCAGGCUUGGUCUCUAGAACAAUCAGGUAGUCCUGGAACAGCUGACCUCAGAACUUCGUAUACUAUAAGUAUUCGUUCUUCCCAGUUGGUACAAAAAGAAAAUAGUGAUCUCACAUUCUUAGUUCCAUUGUGUCAUUCAGGGUGACAGAUGUCAUUAGGCAUUUGGUUACCUUUUAUAAGAAAGCUUUUUGUUUCAACUGACAUUGUUCCAUUAAGAAUAAGAAAGGUACGUAAUAUCUAACCACUGUGAAAAAUCUGAAAUCACUAAUUUGUCUGACAGUAUCCUCGGGACUACUGCCAUAUGGGCAGUCUUGGUGCUGGUCAUUUCCUUCUUGAAACUGCACAAUGUAAAAGUAUUAGCACUUUUCUCUUCCCCCAUCCCAAGUGUUUUUGAAUAGGAACAUUUUCUACUAUGACCACUAGCAUUGUUAAAAUUACCUCCAGUGCCAAAACACAUGAAGUGUCAUACACAUCUAAAUAUUGAAUUUAUUUUUUUAGAUGUGGGAUUGCUUUGGUUUCUAACAGGGCAACAAGUAAACUUAAGCAGCUUACCUAGUAAGACUGAAUUAGACUUCUUAUUUUUAAGGUUCUUCAUGAUAAACUUUGACAUAGGAAAUUGUAAAUGCCUUUUGCAAUCUGUAUUUAUGUGGUAUUAUUGAACUAUACCUUUUUUGAUAUUGUAUACAUUAUUUACUUGUGAAUUUUACUUUAUGUUCUUAUUUUCAACUACUAGCCGUGCAAUAAACUGUUUUCAAAGUGA